UUUUCAAGUAUUCACGUCUCAAAACCUGCACAAAAUGAAAGGCAAAAUAAACAACAAUGAUGCCAUGAGACAGAAUGGGGAAGAUUGGAAAACUUUUAGUGAGGCAGAGAAAGAAAAAUAUGCUGAGGAAGCUCAAAAGAUCACAAAAACAAAAUUAGAAGAAUACGAAAGAUUUUUACAGAGCUUGCCAGAAGAUGAAAGGGAGAUAUAUGAAAUGAACGUAAUCAAACAGGAGAAUGAAAGAAAAGAGAAAAUAGCGCAGAGGAAAAAAGGGGCAAUAAAAAAGCAGUCUGAGAUCAAACAGUAUUUGAAUGUCUCUGGUGCAAGUAGUGGGCCAGUCAAGUCAAAGAAUAAGCUUCGAGAUGUGAAGUCAGACCCAGGUGAAGACGAGGAUGAUGAUGAUGAGCUCUCAGACAAGUAUGAAUUUCUUAGUACCAGUACACCGAUUCAUAGCUCAAAACUUUCAGACAAACUGCAGCCAGCAAGCAAGUUAAAAGAAAAGGUCAAAUCCACUAUUGAAAGUUUAAAGAUUAUCACACCCAAGAAGAAAUUGAAAAGGCCAUUGGAAAAUACUGAAGAAAUGGAAAAAAGUACACCACAGUCUAAAAAGAAGAAAGUAGCUCCAUCACCUGUGAAAAAAGUUAAAGCAGAUAGUUCAGAUUCUUCGUCCUCAGAGUCUGACUCGGAAGAGGCAUCUACCAAAACAAAGAAGUCAACAGUCAAACAGUCAAAAGACUCGAGUAGUUCAUCAGAUUCAGACUCUGAUGAUACAGCCAAAAAAACAAUCAAACCUGUAACAGAAGUGAAAAAGCUUAUUAAAAAAAAUACAAAACAGGACAAGAAAGCCAAGGAAUCGAGUAGUUCCUCACAAUCAGAUUCAGGAAAAGUAAUAGUUAAACGAAAUAAAUCUAGUCUUAAAAAAGUCGCAGCUCCCGAGAAAGAUUCAGAUUCGUCUAGCUCAUCUGAAUCUGAGCGUACAGCUAAUACCACUGUGAAAAAGUCCAGUCCCAAGAAAGCAAGUCCGAAAAAGGCAAGCCCUAAAAAGGCAACACCGGCUAAAAAAAAUGGAAAAGUUGAACAAAAAAAAUCUUCCAAUUCAUCUUCCUCCUCCUCCUCAUCAUCAUCCUCCGACUCAGAUGAAGAAAGAGAUACUAAAAGCAGAGUAAAAAAGAAUCCUAAUACUACAGUGACACCUUCAUCAUCAAUGCAACAAAAAUCUAAGAAGGUUAUCAUGAGAGCCAACCCAUAUACCAAAGAAAUGGUAAAUAGUGAUUCAGAAUCAGGAAGUGAAACAGAGAAAACAGAAAAGGCUUCACCAAAGAAAAGCAAGUUUAAAGCUUUGAACUCAAAGUCCAAGUCCAGCACUUCAUCAUCCUCCGGUGGCGAUUCAGACUAAUUACAAUGUUCUUUUAUAUAUAAAAAGUGAAGAAUUGCAGUUCACCCAACUAAUUUUUGCAAUUGAUUAAAUAUUAUUUUUUUCGACACUUUUAUGAAUAGGACAUACUAUGUUGUGUGCAAAUGUCCAAAUACAAUGUUGUAGUGAAUAAACUGUUGCUAUGAGACAGAUUAAAAAUUUGUUCAGCAAUGUGACUGUUUUAAAAACAGAAUGCACUCAGUCAUGCCUGUUUGAUGAAAUGUAGUUCAUGAUUUUUUUUUCAUUGCAGGCAUUUCUAUAUUAUAUAUGAAUAAAGGUCCAGAAAAAAAUGAAUCCUUUGAAAGCUUAGUUUGGAGAUAUUUGAAAUUGAUUAUUACUUCCCCUUUUUUUACACACUGUGAAAUAACAUUUCAAUCCCUUUUUAUAUACUGUGUAUAACAUAAUGGAAAAUUUUUAAUAACUUUUUAUCAUGUACCACCUAUGAUAGAAGAGAUGCAUUAUGUUUUCUGGUCUGGGUGUCAGUUCUGCCAUCUGUCCCAAAAAUUUGGCAAUGGUAGUUUAUGAUGAAGUUAAAAUCCAAUCAACUUGAAACUAAGACCAAAUAUUCUCUAGGAUAUGAUAUUCCUAAUUGUAAUGCCAAACUAGAGUAUUGACACCAAUUUCACGGUCCAAAUAACAAAGAAAAUGAAAUCUGUGUACUAUGGACACAUUCUUGUUUUAAUAAAAGGUGAUGAAAAGAAAGUUAUAUACUGCAACAUACUCGUAGCCAUAGGGGGUUUGAGGUGUUCAAACAGAUUCCCCUGGAAAACAAAAAAGCCAAUGUUCUGUUUGAAUUGUAAUUGUGAAAUGUUGGGUAUGAUUGUAUCCAAACCCUCAACUUAGAAAUUCUAGGCUGCAGGCCUGUUAGAUUUGUAAAUGUUCAAGUACGUUUCAUAUAAUUAAUCCUUUUAGAAUACUGAACUUAAAUUUAAUCUUUUACAAUUGUCCCCGAAAGUAAGGGGUCCAUUAUUUGGUGUAUGGAUUAAUUGUCAGGUGAAAAUGUCUGACUAAUUUAUACAUGAAAUAAGUUCCAUUCCUUUUAUAGAUGUCAUGUGGAGUGAGUUUUUUUUUUUAUCAAGUUAUGCCCCUGGCUUACAAAAAUAUGAUAAUUUUGACUGUUUUUUCCCUGUUUGUAUCUGGUACUUUUUAAUUUUUUCCUAUGUGGUACUUUUUAAAUUUUUCCUAUGUGGUACUUUAAAUUUUUUCCUAUGAGGUACUUUUUAAUUUUUUCCCUAUGUGGUACUUUUUAAUUUUUUCCCUAUGUGGUACUUUUUAAUUUUUUUCCUAUGUGGUACUUUUUAAUUUUUCACCAUGUGGUACUUUUUUAUUUUUUCCAUGAAUACCUUACUUAAAAAAUUCCAACAUUUGGGCAGUAUUUGUUAAUAGCAUAGAAAGGUAAAAGUACCCCCUCCUAAUGAAUGGCCUGAAAAUGAUGUGGUAGUCAGUGGCUGACCCAGAAAUGUUCAUAAUUUGGGGCCCACUAACUACCUAAGGGGGCCAGAUCAUGUCAUGUUUCAGUGAUUCCCAAUAUAAGCAACCAAAUUUUUCCCAAAAAAGCCCCCCCCCCCCCCCCUCUAAAUCAGUUAUACUUAAUCACCUUGUAUAUUGAAGUUUUAACAUCCCAUCUCCUUUUCCUGACAUUUUUAAAUAAUCAGUAUCAUUUUACAUUGAGUUUCCCCAUCCCCCCUUUUUUUCCCACCUUCCACAUACCCGUAGCCAGGGGGGUUUGGACGAACCCUCCCUUGAAAACAAAUAAGCACUGUUAAAGUCAAUGUUCUGUUCAAAUUGUAACUGUUAAGGUCGAGUUUGUGAGUCCAACAAACCCCCCUUUGAAAUUCCUGGCUACGGGCCUGUUCCAGCUUCACUAUAAUAAUUUUAGUCAACAUAUAUAUGUUGUCAGUUACAUUGUUUAUUAGGUUUUUGACCAUCACCCAUUUAUUUUAUAACUUGUAACCUUGAACACAUGGUUUGAUCCUGCUUGCUGAAUUAUUUAUAAUCCUUGACAUUUUAUAUAUGGAUUUUCUUCUUUUUUAUCAUGUUGUAAAAAGAAUUGUCUUAUUAUUUCAAUUUUUUGGGGGUUGUAUUAUUUUAUAUUUAUAACCUAUGUUACAAUUUACAAAUAGGAUUUAAGUUUGUCAUUGAUUGCCUUGCUUCAGUGAGGUGAUGGCAUGUACAGUCCUGUUAAGAAAAAAAGGUGUGCUUUUAUUUAAACAACUUUUAAAGAAAGGACUUAAAUGGGAAAUUACUAUAUGCUAUUUCAGAAAAAUCUGCAUACACGGCAGAUCCAGGGGUUGGAACCCUCCCUUUUUUUGGCCAAUCAAUACCUUGAAUGGGGACAUAUAGCUGGAACCCCCCCCCCCCCUUUGUCCUGGGUUGGGAACCCCCUUUUUAAAAUGGCUGGAUCAGCCCGUGAUACAGCUGAUAUAAGUUUCAGAUAUCCGAAUGCAAGUUAUUAAUGAGAUCUUUAUUCAGUUGCAAUAUUCACAUUACAGCCAAUUGCAUUAAAUGUGUAGGUAAAAGUUAUAUCUUUGGUUAUAUAAUUGGCUUGCUUGAUAGCUGAACCAUGAAGUCAUUAUUAGGUUAGAUUAACUGCCCUCCUGUAAGAGUUAACUAGUCAUAAGAUCCAUAGGACUAGGCUAAAGAAAUGUAGUAUUAUGGUACUAAUCAGCUACGCUUGGAGAAGCAAUUUCUUUUUAAAAAAAAAUGGGAACCGCCAGCAUGUGAGCUUAGUAAACAAAAAAAUAUAAUCGUCCAAUGGACAUGACCUCUAUGAACUAACUGUAGGUUGUUAAUGGUUUCAGAUUUGAUGUAUAGUGUUAUGUACACAUAUUUGUUUUAUUAUUUUGUUCCACCUAUAGCUAGGUUCCAUUUCUUUGUUGACAUUGUUAAUUUUUUUGUUAGAUAUUUAGUCAUUUGAAGAAAAGCAAUUAAAAGCUACAAAUAGACUUUUUCAACUGUUGUAGACAUGCUAAUGUUUUGUAUUGCAGAGGUCAUAGACAAUAGAUUGGUCAGAUCAGAGAAUUUAAGUAUGUUUUGUUUUUCAAUCAUUUAUGACAGUGAAGUAGCUAAAUAAGUUAAGAAACAUCUCUUAUGAAUUGUUCACUUGCAAGUGAAUAGUUCAACUUCAUUAGAUCAACAAUUGUGAAUGUUUUUAUGAUAUAUAACAAAUAUACAUUAUGAAUUAUGUUAAUCUUCAUGGAAUGUUUUUGAAACAAUCAAUGUAUUUAUCAUGUAUGUAUGUUAGGCCAAAUAAACAUGUGUGGUUCCAAUACCUUACCUACCCUUCUUUUUAGUCUUAAUAAUAGCCUACCUUGAAGACUUUUUGGUUAUUUUUCAGAAAGCACUGUUUAAGUUGGAAUGCUGCUCUCAUGGACAAUAAUUGACUUAUUGUAUAAAACACCACCAAAAUAAAAUAAAAAAUCCAUUCUUACCUUCAUGACCUAGCUCACCUCGCCCAAUGGGCUCUGAAACUAAAGUGAAAGUAUAAGGGUUUCAUUAUUUCAUGCAUCAAUUGUAAAUAAAAAUAUCCAGUAAGAGACACGCGGGCUCAUUGGUGCCUCCAGUUUUAUAUGUAACAGGAACCACAGAUACAGUUAUAUUUGGCCUUAUAAAACAUAUAAAUUGAGUUAUAUUAAUUCUUAUUCAUUGUUAUCUGAAUUGUAUAUAAAUAUAACAUGUAUAAUAAUGCUUAUGUAAUAACAAAAUGCCAUGCAUUUAAAGUCUGUACACCAAAAUCUUUACUUGCAUCCUGUUCAAAGUCAUUUAUUCUGAUAUAUUUUUCUUAGAUUGCUGAGUAAAGUUGUGCCUAAACUUUCUAAUUUUCGAAAAAAAAUCACUUGUCUUGGGCAUCAGGGUUGUUGCUUAACGACACAUACUCUCUAUUUAUGUUUAAGUUAGCUAUGUUAUUACUUUAGAUGCUAGGAAAGAUUGUUUAAAAGUUAUGUUAUUAUUUCAAUUAUUAUUUCAUGAAUUAGAAAUAGUUUGUUUUUCUACUAAUGCAAGGAAAUGUAAUUUAUAUUUAAAAAUUGAACCAUUAGAAGCUAUGUCAAUUUUGAAUGUAUUUUGUUGGAGUGCAGAUGUUUUUGUUCUUUUAUAACAAACUCCACUUGCACAAAAAAGUGAAUAAUAUUGUAAUUAAAAGCUUGUGCAAUUAAAAAUAUUACACAAACAAUUAUGAGAAUAUAUGGUCCAGUCUGGUGAAUCAGCGCACCUAAGAUUUAUGUCUUCACUUCAUUCAACUGAUAAAACCAAUAAUUGGAUAAUAUUGUGUGAACACAUUCAAAACAUACUUUUUUUUUCAUAAAAUCUUCUGUUUGUAUGGUUUCACCCGCAAGAUUUUGUGUAAUUAGUGUCCAAAAUUAGUGAUCUAAAUGCAAUAAUUUAAACUAGUAUUUUGAAAUUUUCGAUAUGAAUUAACGGGAUUUUUCUCACUAUCACAAAAAAUAGAAAUCGCAUUUUAGUCUCAAAUGACAAAAUCACAAUUAUAAUAAAUGCACUCUUAAUUUCUGAAAAUAAAGUAUGCUGUUCUUUCAAUAGAGGUGCAUUUCCUCCACUUGUAUAACUAAAGAGAACAUUCUCUGUAGAUGAAAAGAACAAAUAUUUUAUUAAAAUUCAUUAAAAUUCAAGUAAAUAUACAGUGAAAUAAUCGGGGGGAAAAUUGUUUCCCUGAAAAUUUCUCCCCCAAAAUCUUGAAUCAUAUUGAUGUUUAUAGGUCAUUACUUAGAAGUGUAUUUUAUUUAGGAUAGUCAACUUUUGAGAAUUUUCAUUCGAUGGCAGCUUUUCAAGAAAACCAAGAAAGAUUUUCAUAACUGUAAAAAACUGUUAUAACUAUUAUAUUUUUUAUCUUGAUUUCAUAUAAUCACUUAAUAAGUUUGUAAUUAAGUAAUAUACCUAGGUUUUCAGACUGCAAUAUUUUAUUAUAAAACAAGGAUUUGUUUUUAUGAAAUAGUGAAGCUACCUCUGUGUUAUUCAUAGAACUCACUUUGGAUUUAUUAUUAUUCAUGGCAUAUCAUUUUUUUGUGGAUUUCAUUGGUAUAGUUGAUCCACAAAUUCAAAUAUUUAACGAAAAUACAACUGUUCUAUAGGUUUGUAUGCAGACUUUGGCAAAAUCAUGAAAUUAAAUAUCCAUGAAAAUGCAAUGUUUACUGAAUCCAUGAAUAUUGAUACCCAUGAUAAUAAAUGAAUCCACGAAAAUUGGUACCCAUGAAAAUAAAUGAAUCCAUCGUAUAUUCAUCUAACCAACUUGUAAAAUGUCAUCUUAAACAAACAAACACUUUAUUUAUUAUCAUUUUCUGGUAACAAUUCCCCAGUUUGAAAGCCUCUUUUGGAAUAUUAAAAGCCUGAAAACCUAGUGAUAUUUAGCCAGUCAGCAUUUGUUACUAUUUUGGUUUAUUUAAAAGACAAAAAUAAAAGAAUAUUAAGGAA